CGGGGCCGGGGCCGGGACGGAGGGCGGCUCCCGGUGAGUCACGGCGCACCCGCCGCCCCCUCGGGCCGCCCCCUCGGGCCGCCCCAUAAAACCGCCGCCGCCCCGAGCACCACCGCACCAUGGCUGCGCUGCGCCCCGCCGGGACCCCAAGACCUCCUGCCCAACUCUUCCUACCCCUGCUCUGCUGGGCUGUGGUCUCCCACGGCACGGAUGCCAUGGCCCUGCAGCCCCCCAGCAUCACUGUCCUGCAGAUGCCGUCAGAGCCCCCUCGCGUGGGUGAAAGCGUGACGAUCUCAUGUGAGGCGGUGAGCAGCCUCCCCGAGUUCACGCUGCUCUACUGGCUGGGGAACGGCUCCUUCGUGGAGAAGCUGCACCCAGAGGGGGCUGUGCACGAGGGGACAGUGCUAGAGGAGGCGAAUGGCUCGGGGGUGGCUCUGCGCCGUGACCUGCACUUCAGCUCCUUCGGUACUCAGCACCUGCACACCAACUUCACCUGCGUGGUGCUCAGCCCCCUCGGCGUUGACACCAGGGAGGUGCGGUGGCUGCCCCCGGCACCAGCCCCAGCCCCUGCCAAGAGUGGGGGACUGGGCUGAGACCAGGGAGCAACUCAUGACGGGUGAACGCCCCGCAGUGCGGGUCCCCACUCCCAUGGGCGUGGGGAUGUGAUGCCUCCGUGGAGGCCUGCCUCUGUGCCCCGCCAUGGGGUUCCCCUGGCCCCACAUCUGCCGGCCCCGCUGUGCGUGAGGCUCUGGGUGCCCCUUGCUGAGCCGGGAGCGCUGCCCAGGACAGCCCCAGGACCUGCCUACAGCUGGCUGUGGGACCCCAGGAUUUAUUAAAACACAUCAAGGCUG